CACACUCCGAUCGGUUUCGUAUGAAGAGGAACAGGGCAAGUGUUUGAUAGUACGCGUGUAAACAUUCAUCGAAACCAGUUGAUCAUCAUUACUGUUCAUCUGAACUAACGUGUUCCUCUAAACUGAACGGUGGAUUAGACUGCGAAUAUGGCCAGAGGUGCAGACAUCAAUAAAGAGCUCUCAGAUGUGCUGAAUGAGAUGUGGAAGUUAGAUGUGAACCGCAUGACACCUGGAAAAGAUUAUAAAAUUAAUCUACAGGGGAAUGCUGGAUAUGUUGCCAAAGGCAGUAAUAACGCAAAGGACAAUGCUAGAGCUCCUCUCUUCUCAUAUGUCAAUGAAGACAAGCUGAAAAGCAUUGAUACGUAUGCCUACUUUAUAAGUCUUUUGGACAAUUAUGAGAUGGCUACAGGAGUGGCUGAGCAGGUGACACAAGAUGAACUUCGUGAGAACGAUCUUUUCCUGGAUGCCAUUUUGAAGACUGAAGUUAUGAAGUGUGCCCACAGAUACCUAGUACGCAAAAGUCUCGCCCAGUCAGACCCAAAGCAGUUUAAGAAGCAGCUAUAUGACAUCUGGUUUAAGUUUUAUAACAGGGGCAAAACUGGAGGUAAUGAUUCCUGUGGGUUUGAACACGUGUUUGUUGGAGAAGUCAAGUUUGGUAAGGAGAUCAUGGGCCUCCAUAACUGGAUCCAGUUCUAUCACCAUGAGAAACUAAAUCAUGUGGACUACAAAGGAUACAAGGCCAGAGAUUACAAGGAUAAGCCUGAUGAAGACGAUUACGUCUUGAACCUACAGUUCAGCUGGAACGGUCUGGUCAAGCCGGAGAGCACUUGUUUCAUUGGCGUCAGCCCAGAGUUCGAGGUGGCGGUUUUUACUAUUGUCUUUCUCCUGUCCAAAGAGCGCUCCACUAAUGUUAAGGUGAAGGUGAAUGAGUAUGUGAUGGAGAUUGUGGUCUGCAGAUACGGGCACUCCAUUGGAACAUCAUACCCCAAAAUGAUCAGCAGCAACAAUCGGGAUCUCUAGAUCUCAUAUAAAGAUCUCAUGGUAUGAGAAAGUCUGCUAACUCUGAUCAAAUUAGUUUGAUUUCUGUAUCAAUAUUUAUGUUUUAGGAUGAAAUUAUCAAAAAUAAUAUCUUUAGAAAUGUUGGAAAGACAGUUGGAUGUGCCAUUAAACCUACAUAGAGAUGUAUUUUUAACAGCUCUUCAGUAUGCAUUUUAUAUAAGAUAAGCUAAGGUUACAAUUAAUUUCAAUGAGUACACACAUUUUCUUUUCUAAAUUUUUAAAAAGAAGUUUAUUUAAAUUAUUCCCUGCAUCUACAAUGGCAUACGGUGACAGUACAUACUGAAUUAGAUAAUUCAGUCAAUCGUUAAAAUGGUACGUUCUACAUGAAUAUGGGUAGUUUGGAUAAAAUUCAAACCAUUAACUUGGAUGAUGUUAAAAAUAAAAGCAGAUUUUUCUUAUGUAUUUAGACUUAAAUAGAGUUACCGCUUUUUUUUAAAUAUGAUGACAACUCUCCUUCUUCGUUGGGUGACUCCUCCUUCAGGAGCUCAUGGGAUAGUAAAGUGUUAAUUGAAUGCACACUGUUGCCUUCGGAGGCAGCAUUUUAAGGCAGGAAGUAAUCAAGGCACGUCUGAAUCCAGCGUUUGGUUUACUUACUGACUCCUGAGAUACCUUCAUCGUCUUGUCCCACAAUUCUAAGCGUGUUUCACAAAUUUAGUGGCAAUAAAGUUAUAUUUUGACUUGUUUUAAGUGCAUUUGUAGCGAGAAUUGAGUAUUUCAGUUUUCAAAUAUGGUAUUAGUUAUUACAAAGGCACUCCCUGUUUAUAUUUCAAACAGAAUUCCAUUACGCUGCCUAUAAAGGCUGUCCGAAUGCGUUUCUGGGAGCUCAUUGCCUCAUGAGGCAGCGAGGCAACAAGUCGGCCGCCUUGGGUUUCGGACGCAGCCUUCAAAAUCUACUGUACGUCUACUGUUUUUUCGAAUACUGUGAAUUUGGUCAUACUGUAAUAUAGUAUGGAAGUACCUGUAGACGAUUUCGGAUGCAGCGAUUUUCUAUAUAAAUUUUGCUGGCUAAAAUCUUGUUAAACAUAAUGGACCAAAUGUAACUGUACGUUACUAAUUAGAAAUAAAAAUCACUCUUGUCUUUAUUUAACAAGGUUAAUAGAGUAAAAAAAUAUUAUAGCUAUGCUUUAGUUGGGUGAUUCUCACGAAAACUUGGUUUUAAAAAUGUCAAGCAUGAAAAUGUAAAAAUUGCAAAACAAAGUCUGGAGUAAAUGGGAACAUUAAUUUAAAAACUUUUACUUAUCAUUUAACACUUUUUGUAACAUAAUUUAAAAAAUUAGUCCUAAAAAAUCUCAUUACCGCAACAGUCAGAAAACAUCAACACUGACAUAUUUUCAAAAUGACAUGACAAACCUGAAAGAACAUUAUUUGGAGAUUCUGCACAUGCAUUUAAAAUCAAAGUAUUAUGCUUCUAUUAAUUAAAUUAACAUUUAAUAAGCAUCUGUUGCGGUAAUGAUAAUCAAAAUGUCGUGUAAGCAUUCUGACAAGACAAUAUUUCAAAUUAACUGUAAAAAAACAAUCUUACCUGGUAGCCAUCUUGAAGUAACUGGUCCAUGUGCUUGGUCACUCAAAAUCAAACUUUAUUAAAAUUCUGUAUGUGUGCGUAAACUGUUCUCAAAAAGUGUUGCGGAGGAUGAGAACAUCAGUCAUGGACACAUCAUUUUCCUAAUUUUUCUUCAUUUUUAUUAUACAUGAAUAUUCAGUAAAUAUUUUUUCUGUCAUCUAAAGUAGUCUAGCAACACAUCCAUUAAUUUUUUUCUUAAUAUUUUUGUGUUAAUUUGAGUAAAUUACAACAUAACGCAUGUUCAAACACAUUGCGGUAAUGAGAAUUUCAUCAGAAAAUGAGAUAAAAUUUACAAUUAUAAAUUCUUAUGUUGAAAUCACACAUUGUGCAAGGUAGAACACAGUAUUGUGUUAAUUCUGAUGCUUUUUAAUGUAACUAUAUUACACAUUUUAAAGCUAAAAUCAUUAGUGCCGUGCUGUUUCAAUGGUUUCGUGAGAAUCACCCAGUUGCUCAUUCAGUUAUUGCAUUUUUAUAUUGCAAAAUAUUUACUUUUUACAAACAGCAUGAAUAUAACUCAAGUCAUUUAAGGUAGCACAAAACUUUACUUCUCUGCUAAAAUACUGUUUAAAGAUUGACACGAUGUGUAACUGAUGUGCCUUGUUUUUGUAUAAAGACUUUUAGCACAAAUAUAAAACUUGUUUUUUAUUCCAGCGCUUACAAAUGCAAAUGCUGAUAUUCUACCAAAUUUUUUAAAAUUGUAUAUUAGUGAUUUAUCAAAUUGUGACAGAAACAAUAUGCAUAUUUAGUCAAAAAUUGCUUUAUUUCAGAAUAUGUUAUAAUACUGGUCAAUAUUUACCAUCUUGGAUAUUUGUAGCUAAUGUGUAAAAGUUUGAUUAAAACAUGUCAUUAAAAGAUUUGAAUGUA